AUGUACAACGUACAGCCAACCUUGCAACCAACCCACACAGCCCUCUCGCGGCCAGCCGAUCUUUUUUUGCCGCAGGAUGGGACGACAAGUAGCACUGCUGUUGGCAGUCUCAAGCGUCACAUUGUGGUGGGCUGCAGUGGAUGCUUUCUUCGCGCCAACUCCGCCGCUCCUUGUCGGCCUGGAGGCUCAAGCUGGCAACACAAGAAUCCGUGCGCUCACAACCGACCGCGGUGGGGAGCGAAUAACUAGGACAAGAUGCGAUGCUACAGCCGUAGGCGGAGCUGAAGAAGAGGCUGAAGUCGUGGUGAUCGGGAGCGGUAUUGCAGGGCUUUGCACCGCAGCCCUGCUGUCCAGCUACGGGAAGAAGGUGGUGGUCUGCGAGUCGCACACCCAGCCUGGCGGGUGUGCCCACGGGUUCGAUCGAUCAGGCUACAAGUUCGACUCCGGCCCGUCGCUCUUUUCAGGCAUGAAUGUCGAUCAGCCCCACGCCCAAUCCGUUGAAGCACGUGCUCAACGCUAUUGGCGAGGACGUGGAUUGGCUCACAUACGGUAGGCGCGGCUCCUGCAAGUUUCGACUCGGAUUUUUUUCUAAAACGUAGAAGUAUAACCCGGACUGAGACUGCAGUCGGCACCCGGAACACCGCACGCUCGCAAUCUACUAGUGUUGCGGUUCGGUCAAGCGCCUAGCCUUGCCGAGCCCCUUGUGCGCUGAGUUCGGUGGGCGUUUUCCCCUUUUCCUCUGAUGUUCCUCUGAUGUUGUGGUUGUCACACACGGUGUUUGGCAGCAACAGCGUCGAUUCCCAUCGCCGCGGCCGCAGCGUAGAGAGGGAGCGGUCCUCGCCAUACCUCGAGAUUUCACGGAGAAGUUUUCUCCUCAAAACGUUACAGCAGGCACCGCUCCCUUUUCAACGGGUCAAAAUUAAGAUAUG